GGUGAAUCAAUAUUUCAUGUUUUGAAGGAUUACUUCAUUGAAAAAGCAAUUCCUUUAUCAAAUAUAAUAUCAGUAGCUACCAUGGUUGGACGUUAUCGUGGAUUUAUAAGCUAUUUAAAACAACAUGUGUCAGGGGUGUUAGCAAUAUAUUGCGUCAUAUUUGUUUACAAAAUUUAAUAUGGUUAAUUUGCAAUUCCAAGGCGACAGUUUAAAUUUGAUUAAAACAAAGUCUAUCUUAUCAGCGUUUCUUGCCAGAGUUAAACUAAUGAAGCAAAAUAUUGGACGGGGCGAAUUUUCUCAGUUCCUCAAUUUGUCACAGACAAGCUGCCAGGAAGACGACGUUUCAACUUACGUUCAACAUUUAAAUGCCCUCUAUUCAGUAUUUUGAAUCUAGGUUUGAGGAUAUUUUGACUAUGGUAAUACCACCGUGGAUAAUUAAUCCAUAUGGUGACAUAGAAGAAACGAAUGUCAUAAUACAAGAGGAACUGACUAAACUAAGUACAAACGAAGAACCUAAGGUUCAGUUUAAAAACGGAUAUCAGCAAUUCUGGCUGCAAAACAACAUACCUGUUACUUCCCGUAUUAUGGAAUAUAGCGAGGAAAUUUUUAAUUUUCUUUCCAUCGUCAUACCUAGUGGAAAGGGGGUUCAGCGCUGUUACCAAUCUGCUAACGAGAAAAAGAAACAGACUGGACAUCAUUAGCCGAGGAGAUUUAAGAUUAACCCUUACAAAAUUGACGAUAAAUGUUGAUAAUUUAUUAUUAAAGCAUCAGGUUCAUCCAUCUCACUAAAAAUAUUGACUUAUUG